AUGGAGGAUAGAGAGGAGAACAUCGAUUAUGAAAAUGAACAAAUGCAAGCCACCUACGCUGGAUAUUCUAGAAGACCCGUGCACAGUGGAUUCUCACCUACUAUACAUCCAUAUUAUCUCUUCAGACCUGGCUUUUUGGAAGAUAGGAUGCAGAUUCAUCAGGGAAAAUAUGGAUAUCCCGGAGAGCAAGAGAAUCAGUUUUAUCAGCAGAUAGAAACCCAUGGAUAUUCUCCCUUACAGGUUGAUCAGGAGAGAAUAAAGAGCAUCUGGAAAAAGGAAAGAAAUCGCAUUGCUGCCAAAAGGUGUAGGGAAAAGAGGAUAGCACGUCUUAAGGAACUUGAAAGAAAGGAACAUGCAAUGAUAUACGAAAUAUCAGAGCUGAAAGAGGCCAUACACGACUAUGAUAACAUCUUAGAGAUUCUCCUUCGAUACAUACAAGGAUAUUUAGAUCUGGAGAUUGGGAAGCAUGAGAGCUUUGUCUCUCUGUUUGAUCGUCUCUGCAACCUAAAAAAGGUUGGCACUCCAAAUCCGACUUAUCUUCGCGAUGUCAGCCAUUUUCUAUCCAAGAAGCUGAAUGUGACCAAUGAAGGAAUUGAUAAAAUAACAGAGGCAAUCCGCGGAUGGCUUAACAAGCUUUUUGAGAAGGAUUGA